AUGGUGAGUCAAAGAGGCAGUGCUUUUAUAAUAAUAGGACUAACUUUUUUGGGGACCAUUGGGUUAUUUAUGAUUAUAACUAUGGCCUCUGAAAUAUCCGAUGCAAUUGGACCGACAUUAUCUGAACCACUCAAUAUCUUAAAUAGAAAAGAUAAUAAACGUGUUAUUAUUAAAAAGGAUGACAUGCAGAAUCUAUUGGAUAAGAAGAAAAUUGUUCUUGUGAAAAAAGUCCCAAUUGAACCAGUCCAGUCUAAUCCCCAGGUAGAAACACCCAAUGACACAGUUAAUACAGAUAACGCUGUGAUAGUUAUGGCUUCCAAUGAGAUUAGUCCUUCUCUUAGAUUUUUAGAAGCUAUUUUGAACGCGCAAAUCUACAUAUACAGCGAAGUAGACACAUUUAUACGAUUCUCUAAAUUCCUUGGAAAAACCUUUGUGAACUACAUACGUACUUCAAUGCAGAACUUAUUAAGAGAGUUCCAUAGGGAAUAUCCAAAUGAUUUAUGGACUUUAAGAUAA